GUGGUGAUGCAGACUUUUGGGCUCUGGAUUGGCUGGAUUUUAAACUGUAGGGGUAAACAAGACAGCCAUGUGUCCCCCUAACCGACCUGCAUCCCCAUCAGCUCAUAUGUGACAGUAGAUAUUAGACAGUAGUUAUUCAUCUUUGAAUAACUUCCAGCCCAUUUUUAGGAGGACAUCAAAAGAAGUGGGUAACCUUGAAAAGAAAGAAUUAAAAAUAUUUGACAGAAGUUUCUCCAAGAACACAGAAAUCAAUGGAGAAAGGAAUGAACGGUUAAAAGUGGUCUGCAUGACGAGUCUAAAAGAAGAGCAUCAAUGGAUUGAAAGAUUGUACUUUGAGCUUCAAGUGAAAAAGUGCCUCAAGCAAGGUUGGAAGAUGUGUGAAGGAGUGUGACGGACGGCCAUGGGACUGGAGAGACGGUGGCUUCAGGCUGUCACCACUGCUGUAGCCAUCUGUCUGCUAAGUGUGUCUCAAGGUGCGGCAUCUUUGGUUCGUGCCAGAGAGGGGGGCUCUGCAGAGCUGGGCUGCAGUCUCACUCCUACAUCCAAAGAAGCCACCACCCCAAACCUCUUUCCUCUGCAUGUGGUGGAGUGGGUGCGCCUCGGUUUCAACGUUCCCGUCCUCAUCAAAUUUGGAGUGUAUGCUCCUCGUGUUCAUCCAAACUACAAGGGCCGUGUGUCUCUGACCCGGGGUGCCUCUCUGCUGGUGGAACGGCUGACCCUGGAGGACGAGGGCUGGUUCGAAUGUCGCAUCCUGCUCCUUGACAGCAAAAAAGAUGACUUUCGAAACGGCACAUGGACCUUCCUCUCCAUCACAGCUCCACCUGUGUUUAUCAAGACCCCACCAACUUUUGUGGAGGUUCUGCUCGGAGACUCACUGACUCUCAGCUGUGGAGCCCAUGGCAAUCCUCGGCCAACUGUUGUUUGGCAUAAAGAUGAGAGCCAAAUUGAGAAACAUGAAAAAAUAAAAGUGCUCAAUGGUACCUUAUCUUUGGCCUCCGUCACAAGAAAUAUUUCAGGAGUGUACAAAUGUCACGUGUCCAACUCAGAGGGGAACCUGACCCACUAUACACAGCUGCAGGUCAAAGGUCCUCCAAUCAUCAUAAUCUCCCCAGAAGACACCACCCUCAACAUGUCCCAGGAUGCAGUUCUGCAGUGUCAGGCCGAUGCCUACCCUUCUAACCUCACUUAUGAGUGGGUGAAACAAGGACAGAAUGUUUACCAUAUUGAGUCUCUAAAGUCCAGAGUGAAGGUUUUGGUGGACGGAACACUUCUUAUCCCUAAUCUUAUCCCGGAAGAUGCUGGUAACUACACCUGUAUCCCAACUAAUGGGAUACUGAGCCCUCCCUCAGCCUCUGCACAUCUGAAAGUGAAACACCCUGCACGUGUAGGCCGAAUGUCCCGAGAAACAUACUUGCCUGCGGGCAUGGAGGGGGUCAUUGUCUGCCCUGUCCAGGCUGAUCCCCCUGUGCUAUAUGUCAACUGGACCAAAGAUGGGAACCACUUGAAUCUUGACAAUUUCCCAGGUUGGAUGGUGAACUCUGAGGGCUCCGUUUUUAUUGCAAAAGCCAAUGACAAUGCUGUGGGCAUGUACACAUGUACAGCCUAUAACAGUUAUGGCACCAUGGGCCAGUCUGAACCCACCAAGGUCAUUUUGCAGGACCCACCAUCAUUCCGAGUGCCUCCCCUGGCUGAGUAUCUCCAGGAGGUGGGCAGACAGUUGAUCAUCCCUUGUGAAGCCAGCGGAGACCCCACUCCAAACAUAACGUGGAGUAAGAUUGGCCCUACUCCUCGCUCCCAGUACACUGUGUUGGCUAACGGCUCCCUCCUGCUGCAGCCACUUAGUAAAGAUCACCAUGGGGGCUGGGAGUGCUUGGCUACUAAUCGUGUUGCGACUGUCAGUGCAGGCACUGUGGUCAUGGUGCUGGGCACCAGUCCUCAUGUUGUGUCCUCAGUAUCUGUUGACACAGAGAUGAACCAGGCCAAUGUGUCAUGGGUACCUGGAUUUGAUGGUGGAUACACCCAGAAGUUCACUGUAUGGGUCAAGCAAGCAUCCAGAGGGAAACAUGAAUGGGCGUCUUUGCCUGUGCCGACAUCUAAAAACUACCUGUUGGUGACUGGGCUACUUGCUGGCACUGGCUAUCAGUUCAGUGUCCUUCCUCAGAAUAAACUGGGCUCUGGACCUUUCAGUGAAAUUGUUUCUGUGCGAACACAAGCUGUGCCAACAGAGGCACCUAUAGCCGUCACCACUCUCCCGAUCCUGGAUCCUCCCAUACUCUUGUCAGUCAACCGGACUAAGCGAGGUGUUCUCCUCCAGUGGUCGCCCCCUGAUGCGCCAUCGUCUCCACUAACGGGCUAUGUGCUGCAGGUCCGCAUGGAUCAGGGCCAGUGGGUCAUCCUCGGCAGCAACAUCAGUGCCAAUCAGAGUGAACUACUUGUUCAAGGACUGCUGAGGGACUCCAGUUAUGAUCUGAGGCUGAUGUCUCGCAGCAACAAAGUGCUCAGUGAACCGAGUGAGUCUAUCAGUGUAUCCACCACAGGGAUGGAGAUUUACCCCUUGCGCCCAAGUUUCCUGGAGGUCAUUCCUCAGCCCCUGUUGGCUGGUGUGUUAGGAGGAGUGUGCUUCCUGUUUGUGGCCAUCAUCCUCUCGCUGGUGACAGCAUGCUAUAUGAGUCACAGGAGACGCCGUCGGCGCGUAAAGAGAAGACAGGAUCUCCCAUCUGCCCUUCAGAAGAACUCAUCUCCAGAAGCUCGCUCACCUCCUCGCAGCCCAGACAGUGUCCUAAAGCUGAAGCUGUGUCCACCGAUUCCCUUCUUCCCCAACUCCUCCUCCUCACAGUCCGAUCGGUCCUCCUUUGAUAAAGGCAGCCGUGGAGAAUACCACGACCAGCGGAAACAACUCCUGUCCAACUCGUCUCCACCACCACAUUACACACUCUUUGAAAGUCAUCUGGGUUCUCAGGCCACCUCCCCAUCUGCUCUGGAGUCCAUCUCAAGAGGCCCAGAUGGACGCUUCAUUGUCCAACCACUGCCUGAGGGUUCCAGUCCCUCCAAUAGGAAGAUCUUGAAGAAGGAUGUCCUGCAAAGUAAUGGUGGGGCAAGUGGCUCUGGGAGCAACAGGACGUCAUUAAGGGACUCCCCAAAGUCAAGCAUUUUGAGCUCAGAGAAGGACGAGAGGAAGAAUUCUCCUCUCACUGUUGACGUCCCAGAGCUGAGCAGACCUCCUUCCUCCCCUGGAAGAGUUCGGGCCAUGGCCAGAAACUUCUCCCGUCACGGCUGCUUUUACUCUGAUGAUGAACAAGGCUCAGAGGCCCUAUUGGAAAGAGCCAGCUUCUAUUCAGACAACAGUGAGAAAAAACCCAGUGAUUCUCUUAGGAGAUAUCGCAUGCCGGGCCACACUGAAGAUCUUUUUCCGAGUUUGGGGAGGAGAACUAAGCUUCUGGAUAGAGAUAGAGCACAGCAAAUAGGCUACCAGCCUAUUGAGAGUCAAUUGACUAAUAACAGCACCCUUGUCUCACAACUUGACAGUGAGCUGGAGAGGGAUAGCAUUAAUAAGUGUGUCCAGUUGGCAAAGGAGAGAGAAGAAAUGGAGAAGGAGCUGGAGAGCUACAGAACCGAUCAAAAAAGUCGAGGUCGUGGGAGAGACGAACGUCAGUCUAAUAAGACAGAAAGCCCUUCAAGGGGCACACCCAAGACAGUGGAAGAGCCUGUAUGGAAACCACAAGAUGUUGCCAUCAGACAGAAACACAGGCCCUCAGGUCAGACAAGUCGGGUAUCUGAGUAUCGGAGGGCAUGCUACUUUGGGAAUACUAGCAGUCCCAUGAACUGCCUCCCUACGUCUCGCAUACAGUGGGACAUUAGCCCUGUUACAUCGAUCACCAGCCUCAUUCCUGUACGGACCCCCCGGGAGACCACUUCGCCCAUGUCACAGCAUCCUCGCACAUGUAGGGAAACCACAGAUGACUCUCUUGCUGUGGAUUCAUCGCGCUCUCCGGUUACCCAGAACACCUCCCUCCCCACGCUCUCCCCUGAUGUCACCUCAGAAGAUCUACCAACACCAGAUAGAGCCAGGUCAUUGAGUCCUCAGAGACAGCCAGAUAUGUGCAGGAAGGCCAUGACUGAGCAGGGGUUAGGGGAAAAGACACAAGAAGGAGAUGUUGCUUCAAGGUCCAGACAUUCAUUUGCUUAUGCAGGCACUCAACUGUGGGAUUCGGCUGCCAGAAGUUCUUUGGUUGAUAGUGAGAGGCUUGAAAGUUCAGCCUCUGCACCAUAUAAUCAGCCUGAGAUAACUGAAGAAGUAGACUACACCGCCACAAGGGAUCCCAGUCCAUCAAGUUAUUCUACCUUACCCUACGAACAUCAUGAAGCAAGGGCAAAGGCCAAAGAAAAAGAGACUCAGGCCAGGGAUGACCGGCGGGGUUCAGGGUUUUACUCUGAGUUGGAGAGAGAGGGUGUGCGAACACGCUCCAGGAGGAGUGACAAAUGUCUCUUCCCUGAUAGUCCAAGCCCUAUUUCAACACUGACUCUUGUAGAAGAGGUUGACAGUGACCAGUCCCAAUUGUCUGUCCCCGGAAUGUCAGGGUCCUUCAAGGCCAAGCCUGCAGCUGCAUCUCCAAAAAUGUCCCCACAGACAAGUGCGAUUCUUGAAUACCUGAGCCUUCCGGGAUUCAUUGAAAUGAGCGUGGAUGAACCUUCGGAAGACGCUAAACUCACAGACACUGCUGGACAAAGUUCAGAACUAAAUCCAGAAAAAUCCCCAGGGCAUAAGCCUGAUGUAGUUCCUAGAAACUGGGAGGUUCACGUUCAGGAAAACCGGAAAACACACUCAAACCAAAAGGAGGUUUGGUUUGAGCAAACUCAUUCUGAGGGGGCUGCAGAGACCAGCUCUGAUGGUAGUAAAAAACAACAUAAACGCUCCCUCAAGGUGGAAGGUAGAGAUUCUGCACUUAGAGUAAGAUUUCCAGAUGAGAUAAGACCAUCGUCACCUGUUCCAGAAAAAACUAGCAGGCAGCUCUAUGAUGAGAAAACACAAAUUCGAGUAGGGAACAGAAGCACAGACAGACCUGAAUCCAGACUUGGAUCCAGGUCAGCUCAUACGUUGUUCAGUGCAGCUAAAGGCAUGGCAGAUAUAGUAUCAAAACACUCACAGAGAUUUGUAGACAGUAGUGAGUCUUUAUCAGAGCAAUCCCAAAGACAAGCUUCUCAGGGCAGCAGGACUAAUAACAUUGCAUCACGAAUAUGUCAAGCCCCUGUGCCAUUUCUAAAGAAAUCCUUAAGCAUGGGCCCGUGUAGGACACUCUCAGGUAUGGGGCAGCCUGGUCCUUUCCUAAAGAAAUCCAUCAGUUUAGGCUCACAGAGGUGGGAGCACUUUGAAAGCCCAAGGACAUAUAUUUCUGAAAGAUGCUACUGGGAUGAGUUCCCAAACCCAGAUGUCAGGGUGAAGUCCUAUAGUUUGGGUCACAGUCCAUCUUCCCUUCCAAGACCAGGCCCCUCCUGGAGGGAAUAUGUUCCAUUCAGACGACCCAGCAUGGGGAGCUUAGAGAGGCCUCACCCCACACAAAGAUCUUUAGCUAGUCCUUCCUACCUCACUCCUUCGAUGUACCCACCCAGACAAACCUCAGUCUCCCCGAUGCUGGAACCCUCCGAUCCACGACGACAAGCCGCUGUUUUCCCCGAGUCCUCCAGGUGGUCUCCCUCCUAUCAAGAUAACUUGAGGUCUGCCCAGCAUAAAUAUGUCCCCAUGCCCUCCUCCAUCCCCGUCCCCCAGUACCAACCCUGGCAAGGAUCCAGAGGGGAAAGCAUGAGACCCAUGGACCCCAGGAGGGGCCCUCCGAGGUCCUACUUGCCCAGGGGCAUCAGCUGGCCCUCACCUUACUACGUCUCCUACCCACCAAGGGAGGGAGAGAGUUACAGGCAGCCAGACAGGAUGAUGGGGAGGGCAGGGGAGACGGAGAUCCGGGAGGGCAGAGAGAUAAGGGAGGCAGGGCGGGCCAGUUAUGCCAGUCAGAGCAGCGGUAGAGGUAGCGCCGGUCUCUUCCGACAGUCCCUGUCCAUCACUCCCACACUGCUUAGCUCCCCCGAAACCACAGAGGAAAGCGAGCGGCACAGAGCUGAGAUGGAGCUGCCUGAGAGGAGAGCGAAAAGAAGGAACACAUCAGUAGAUGAGAGUUAUGAGUGGGACUCUGCUGAUGCGUGUGUGGACUCGGAGGUCCUGGAGGCCAUGAGGUUUGAUCAUUCACAAACAGGUUUUCGGAGAGGCGGGGGGGAGCCCAGAUAUGAUCAAGCUGGUGGCCUCCAGGACCGGCAACAGAAAGGCCCGUCUCCCUCAGUCAGCCCACCAGUUUCCAACCCACCUCGCUGCCAGUACAGCCACUCGCUAAGCGAGGCGCGCUUCAACGCUCUCCGCCAGGAGUACCACGAGUACAGGCGGGCUCAGGAAUCCAUCUGUUCCCGUGAGCCCUGCCUCACCUCUGGCCACGAUUCAGACUCUGACUCCAACUCAGCACUGCUCUAGCAGUUUAACUCGGUAUAUCUAAGACAGAUCCCAAAUAGCAGAACAGAUGACAGCACUGUGGUCCUCGACAAUGUCGCACCUCACUAGAGUUUCGUCAUGUCAAGGAACUCCUUGUUUAAAGUUUUUAUCCUCUGUAACAGCAGACUAAAAUUAAGCAAUUUAAAGAGUCCUAAAUGCUGUAUGCCAUCAAAUGUGACAGACCGCAACUCCUCAGUUGUUAUCAGAUGACAUGUUCUUUUUCUUGUUCUUUUUCCGUUGUGCUUUGCAUAAUGAAGCUGAGAAGGGAUUAUUUAUUUUUUUCAAGAAGCUCGUGCAACUGUAUUUUGGGAUUUUUUAAAGACCUUGACAAUCAGGCACACAAGGCCCCUUUGAGAAAUGAAUUGUUCACUCUUGACUAAAACUGGUUUACAGUUGAAAGUUGAAAAAGACCUGCUUUAUAAAAGUAGCAGCAUGCUACAUAAUGAAGGUUGUAUUUCAAGUUGAUGUCUGUCACAUCAAAGACUUCCCUUUGAUAACUAAGGGAUACUAAUGAAAGUUAUGUUGUUCUUUGUCCCAGAUUACAUUUAUUUUUGGAAAUGUCUGUAUCUGUAAUGUUGCCUUUGUUGCCAAUCAAACAGUGCAUGAAGCAUUUUCACCACCAUCUCCCUCUGAACAUGACAAAAGUACGUAAAUAAUAGUACUUAAAGAUCACAUGAUUAAUCAACUCUGAUUUCUGUACCUUGGUACAACAUCUCGGUGCAGUUCACAGUAUCUAACUUUGUUACUCCAAACAAGAAUGUCCUGUAUUUAAAAGAAGAAUUUGUUUGGUAUUUGCCACUGUUAUAUUCUCGCUGGUUCCCUGAACUCAUUUCCUGUUUUAUACGUAUGAUCUGUCACAAUAACAUUCCCCUCUUGAGACUUUAUACAUCAAAUCACUUCAAAUAGCCUCCCAGUAUUUGUUCAAAAUGUACAAAUGUUCAUAUGUACCUUAAUGUGAAUGAACCCUGCUGUUGUAUUGUAUGUUCCACAUCAUCAUUUCAUCAGAUGAGAAAAUGCUACUUUACUCCACCUGAAUCGGUCAAAUUUUGCCUCUGUGAUUAGAUGACAGAUACAGUAAAACUUAAUAAGAAACACAGGGAAAAUUACUUUUGCCUUAUUAUUAUUAUUUUUUUUACCAUAGAAGGUUUGAGCUGACAAGCUUUAAUCAAACAAAACUGAUCAGAGGAUUAAAAAUUAUUGAAAAGCUGUACUUUUUUUCUGCUCACAUGAGUAUUUCUGUAUAUUUAUUAAGGUGAGUUAUGAUAUGCAACAAUGUUUACAAUUCACAUCAUUGAUGUGAAGGCAACACUGUGAAUAUUUCUUCGACUUCUCAUUCUGUAUUUGAAUUGAAAGUCUUAUGAAUUUCCUGCCCAUUAGUCUACUUUUUUUUUCUUUUUGUUUUGUUACUGAAAAAUGACAAAGGCUUUUUAUUUUAUAUCACCUGACCAACAGAUUUAAAGAAUAUCUUUGUAGCUAUACUUUGGGAAGAUCCAAGAUUUGUACUAUAUUUACUUAAAUAACCCAGAUGAAAGUCUUCAUAUGGAGUGAGUAUGCAUUUCUGAUGGUGGUUUUGGAAGUUUUGUACAAACUGGAAAUUUUUAUAUCUUGCAACCUGGUUGUAUUUGUCUUUUUUAUAUGUUUGUAUUGAAUAAAUUGUUUUAUUCUGAA